UGAGUUCACUCUAACCGCGUCAAAAAUUGUUUUGUUUUUCUAACUCCCAUUUUGGUUACAUCUAGGGCUUCUGCUUUUUUAGGUGUAAAGUCAUUUCAAUAUUGAAAAAAUGAGUGACUUUUUAUGGAGUUUAACAAAUGGUGAUUUAGAACAAGUCAAAGAUUUUGUUGAAAACAAGGGAAUUGAUGUUAAUACAAGCAUAGAUGGCAGAUUACCUAUUCAUUAUGCUGCAGAUUAUGGACAAACAGAAGUUUUAAGUUAUUUAAUUGAUAAAGGGGCUAAUAUUGAAGCAAAAGAUAAACAUGGAAUAAGUCCAUUACUUGCUGCAAUCUGGGAGGGCCACACUAGUUGUGUCAAAUUAAUGUUGGAUAAAGGAGCUUCAAAAUCUGGUCAAACCCCUGAUGGAGUAGACUAUAUAACAGCUGCUGAGAAACCAGAAAUUAAAGAGCUCCUUAAUUGUUGACCUUGCAUUACUUGGUUUUUGAAAAAUAAUGAUCUUUUCCAUAAAGUGGGAUAUUUUUUAAAAAUUGUAACAGUUCAGCUCAAUAUUAAAAUUUUAUUAACUCUCUGUACUAUUUAUGUAUAAUUAGUUUUUCCCUUAGCUUCUGUGCCAAAUGAGUAAUUCUUUAAGCUUUAUAUAAAUUUGGUUCAAUUGGGUAUGAAAAUUUUCCCACUAGUAUCCUGCCUUCAAACUACAUAUAAUAAAUUUUUUUGUAAUAAAACGCAAGAAGGAUGUGGUAUAUUUGUAUUGUGUAUGAUCAUUUAAAGUAUUGAAGAUCUGAAAAUAAAAUGUUUCAAAUGCUCAUUAAUAAAAUUUAAGAUUUUUUUAGUAUUUAAUUUUAUAAAAAAAUGAUUUUUUAUAAACCAAAAUAUUUAAUUUGAAAUGCUUCAAUAAUUAAUAUGUGAAUAUAAAUGUUCUGUAUUUUUUAAAUAUUAUCUGUGGAUGUAUAAAGUUAUUGCUUGUAUGAUUUAUGCACUGUGCCUUUUUCACAUUGAAGAAGUGUUUAAACUAUUUCUUUGUUUCAAUCUAAAUAUUUUCUAAAUGAAUUUUAUAAUUUAUUUCAUUAAAAAGAUUAUGAUAAUUUGUUUUUGUAAAUUUUUUACUGAUUUAUUUUUAAAAAAUACUAUGUUUUAUGGAUUCCUGUUUUGCAAAGUAUUUUACAUGAUGUGGAUAAUUUGUCAAGUACUAUAAACAAUGUUCUGUUUUUUUUAUAUCUCCUUAUGUAAUUUAU